AUGAUAUUGUCAAUCACUCAUUUAGUUUUUAGCAAUGAUGAAGACAAACAAGCACCAAAGAAUGAUUUUGAUAGCAAUGAAGAUUAUGGUCAAGGUUUUGGGGUUUAUCAAGGCAAGUCAAUUAAUUUGAACGCAACUUUGGUCAAAUUUUUGAUUUUCAAACGUUCUCAAGUGGUUUUUGGCCUCAAUCUUAGUAUUUUGAUCCAAAACUUGAUCAAGGUGUUUCACUUCCAAAGUAUAGUGCCUCUCCCUUCUACUUUUUCAGUUUUUACAAUGUUGAUGUUUGAGAAUAGUGACUAUGAUUAA